GAAGAAAGGUCCAACAUUGCAACAUUAGCAACCAUGGCUAGAUUGGUUCGAAGACUAUGUCCAUCUGCUAAUCAUCCCGAGACUCCUCUAAGAUCAACGACAAUCUCAUCAAAAUGUGCUGCAUGUUAUGAAGCUCAUGAAAAUAAGCAAGUCUACAAGUGUAAUAUGUGCGAUUUGUGUCUCCACGAGGAAUGCAUCGACACUAACAUCCCUUAUCUUCAUGCACACCCUCUCAAGCUCAACGGUAUAAAUUACUUACAGUCAUGUUCUCUUUGCCACACCAUUCCUACUUCAAUAAUUUAUCAAUGUUCACAAUGUUCUUUUCGUAUUUGUAUCCCUUGUGCGAGAAAACCUCUUAUCAUUAGCCAAAGUAAAGCCCAUGACCAUGAACUCCUCCAAAUACCGAUAGAAGUCUCCUUCACUUGUUAUGCGUGUGGGUUGUGUGUUACAGAAUACCCGUAUAUUUGUCUUCAGUGUCUUUUUAUAAUUGAUUUUGGAUGCAUCUACUUACCACGUGUUAUACGCAUCAACAGACACGACCAUCGUAUCUCUCGUGUUUCUUCUCUUGGCCCUGGGAAGUGGAUUUGCGGGGUAUGUUAUGAGCAUGUUAAUGGAGAGUAUGGUGCAUAUUCUUGCUUGGCUUGUUCUUAUGUUGCUCAUUCAAAAUGUGCAACAUCUAUUUAUAGUUGGGAUAGGAUAUUACCACGUGUUAUACGCAUCAACAGACACGACCAUCGUAUCUCUCGUGUUUCUUCUCUUGGCCCUGGGAAGUGGAUUUGCGGGGUAUGUUAUGAGCAUGUUAAUGGAGAGUAUGGUGCAUAUUCUUGCUUGGUUUGUUCUUAUGUUGCUCAUUCAAAAUGUGCAACAUCUAUUUAUAGUUGGGAUAGGAUAGAACUGGAAGGGGUACCCGAAGAAGAAGAAGAAGAAGAAGAAGAAGGAAGAAAACCAUUUGAAGUGAUAGAUCACAACCAAAUCAAACAUUUUAGCCAUGAACACAAUCUGAAGGUAUCGUUAUCAUCAUCAAAACUCGAGGAACCCAGAGAACAUUGCUAUGCAUGCACCAUCCCUCUGUAUUCAGAAUUGUGCUAUAUAUGCACACAAUGUGAUUUUAUUCUUCACGAUGCAUGCGCAAAUCUCCCUCUGAAGAAAAGACAUGAGUAUGGUUCGCGAAAAUUUAAGUUGUCGUAUGCCAAAAGGCAGGACGCCAUACCAUAUUUUAGUUGUGGGGCUUGUCAUCGUUUUUGCACCGGUUUCUCAUAUAUGGAGGAGUACUCUCUAUUUACGAUUGAUGUGCGAUGUGCUUUGAUUUCGGGUGCUAUCAAACAUGAAAGUCAUCCACAUUUGUUAGUUAUAACUCGGGACAUGGUCUCUAAACGGAGGUGUGAUAGUUGUGACUCAGUAUGUUGGUUUUUUCUACGUUGUAGCGAUAUAGAUAAUUGUGGUGGCUACAAUUUAUGCUUUAGAUGUGCUACUUUACCCACAUUGGUAAGACACAAAUACGAUGAUCAUCCUCUUUCCUUAUGCUACAGUGAGAGAAUUGUGAAUGUGAUACUUUGUUGCGGGAUAUGCGAAGAGGAAUUAGAUUCAAAAAGUUGGUUUUACAAAUGCAGUGAAUGUGGCUCAACUCUUCAUACUAAAUGUGUAUUUAAUUAUCUAAUACACUCAAGACCUGGAUAUAGUUUACAGAUGGGUUACUGUGACUCAUUUUAUUUGCUUCCCAACCAUCAUCUCUCUCGGCCUAUUUGCUACUUAUGUAAGACUCGUUGUACGGGUGAUUUUUUUCUAAACCAUAAGGAUGAUACAAAUCUAUUCAUAUGUUGUUCUUGUAAAAUUUACUAAGGGGGUGUUAUUGGAUUGUGGUUUUUAAA